AUGACGAUCACCACUAACUUUCCAAUGAUGCGACCUUAUGCCGGAUAUCCCUUCCAGGAUCUUUCAUCGAUACCUGGUCAAGGACGUGUUAAUCAGCUGGGGGGCAUCUUCAUCAAUGGCCGCCCGUUGCCGAAUAGUGUACGACAUCAGAUCAUCAUGAUGUCUCAUCAGAACAUCCGGCCGUGCGAAAUCUCCAGAAAACUGCGAGUAUCUCACGGAUGCGUAUCAAAAAUUUUGAAUCGCUACCAAGAAACUGGAAGCAUUCGUCCCGGUGUUAUCGGUGGUAGUAAACCAAGAACAGCAACACCGGAAAUAGCAAAUCGUAUCGAAGAAUAUAAACGUGAAAAUCCGAGAAUAUUCCACUGGGAUGUACGAGAUCGGCUGAUCAAAGAAGGUAUGUGCGACCGUACGACUUUGCCAAGUGCAUCUGUAAUAUCGAGACUGAUUAGAGGAAAGGACUGCGAGGACGAUCCUACUGCAAAACUUGCCGACGGAAAAAAUUCCGAAUCGGACGCUGAAAGUGAGCCAGGGGUGGUCCUGAAGCGAAAACAGAGACGAAGUCGUACAACGUUUACUGCCCAGCAGCUAGACGAACUGGAGCGAGCGUUCGAGAGAACUCACUACCCGGACAUCUACACCCGAGAAGAAUUGGCCCAGAGGACGAAAUUAACUGAGAACAGGAUCCAAGUGUGGUUCAGCAAUCGUCGGGCAAGAUUGAGAAAACAGAGUUCCUCAGCUUCUUCAACGGGAUAUUACGGUUCAGUUCCUUAUCCAUCAGCUACAGCAGCCACUUCUUACGUUCUCCAUCCAUCGGCCACUGGACAUUCGCAUGCAGCAACUGCUGCAGCAGCUGCUGCUAGUCUUCCAGCACCAAGUCACUCGAUGCAUCUGCAAUCCCUGGGGCAGACUAUCCCGGAAACUGCAUUCACUUCCGGUCAAGAUCUGUACGGUCCAACGCAUCACACGAGUGUACCUCACCAAUUAGCAGCGGCGAUGGCUGAAUCAAAUCGCCUGCCUCCAACAAUUCCUCCGAAUCCAAAAUACGAAAUCCCCGCCUCCUAUCCGCCCACAUCUCUCUUUCCCCCUGUCUCGAGCGUUCCCAUAAGCCACGUGACUCAUCACCAAGUAUCACCACCAGUUAGUGUGCCCUCAUCAACUUAUCAGCAGUCAGGGCAUCAUCAGCUCCCACCAACGCCAAAUUCGCUGGUCACCAUGAUGGGACCCAAUUCCGGAAACUCCAACCCACCGACUGAUCAACUGACACCCAGUGAAUUGUCCAUCAGCUCUGUAUCACCGAUUCAUCAUCCUGGCCAGCAUAUUCACAAUCAGGGACAGCAGGCUGUCCAGGGUAAUCAGGGAAACGAAUCGCCACCGUCUUGGAAUCUACCCAUUCCAACUGGAUCGAGGGUUGGAUUGCCACCAACACCUCCAACAAGUCUCUCUCAGACUCAUGUCACUGCUAAUCAUCAGGGAUUUGGGGCUCCCUACACAACCAGUGGAUUUCAACAGUCAACCAGGCCGACACCCACUCAUCAACCCUUCUAUGGCUGGUACUAA